AAUCACAAAAUGGAUUUAAGGAAUCUGGCAAUUAGAAUCAUUUUCUUAUCACAAACUACCACUGGAAUUCUGGGAAAUCUCUCUCUUAUGUUCUACUAUCUAGUCCUUUACUAUAGGGAAUGCAAACUAAAGCCCACAGAUUUGAUUCUCAUGCAUCUAAUGGCAUCCAAUGUCUUGGUCAUUCUCUCUGCAGGAGUGCCCCACACAAUGGCAGUUUGGGGACUGAAGCAAUUUGUGAAUAAUUUUGGAUGCCAGCUCCUAUUGUACAUGCAAAGAUUUGGGCGAAGUGUGUCCAUUGGCAGUAUUUGCCUCCUUAGUGUCUUCCAAGCCAUCACCAUCAAUCCAAGGGGAUUCUGUUGGAAAGAUCAUAAAUUCAAAGCUGCAAAGUACAUUGGCUGCUCUAUUGACCUUCUCUGGGUCUUGUACAUGUUGAUAAAUUUCAUUUUCUUUGUGUAUCCUUUUAUUGAAAAGAAUAACAAAAAUGCCACAAGAAAACGAGAUUUUGGAUACUGCUCCAUUGUAGGGAGUGAUGAAAUCAGUGACUUACUCUAUGUAGCAUUGCUUGUGUGUCCUGAAAUCUUCUUUUCUGUGAUGAUCACCUCUUCCAGCAGCUCCAUGAUUGUCAUUCUGUACAGACACAAGCAAAAUGUCCAACACAUCCGCAGCACUACUGGUUCUAGCAGAACCUCCCCUGAAUCCAGAGCCACCCAGAACAUCCUGGCAUUGGUGGCUACCUUUCUGGUUUUUUAUACCCUCUCCUCCAUCUUACGAGGCUGCAUUGCUUUUAUUCAUAAUCAAAACUGGUGGCUUGUGAACAUCACCCGUUUUACUUCUCUAUGUUUUCCAUCUUUUGGACCCUUUGUUCUUAUGUAUCAUUAUUCCAUUCUGUCCAGAUUCAGUUUGGUCUGGAUGAGUCAUAAAACCUCUUAA